CAAGUGACAAAGUUUCACUCUGCUCAAGACCGGUCCACAAGACCAGUAAAACAAGCUCGAUAUGGCUUCGGCAUCUGAAAAAAUUACUCUAGUAAUCUGUGGUGGAGGAAAUGCUUCUCAUGCUUGGGCAGGGAUCGCUUCUUCUCAACCCAACACCGAGGUCCGUGUUCUUACUUUGUUCCAAGAUGAAGCASAGCGUUGGUCAGACUCGCUUGCCAAGGARGACUUUACCGUCACCCUUUACAAACAUGGCGAGAAAUGUGGAGAGUURAAGACCAAACCAGCGAUUGUAACAAAGGAUCCUAGUAAAGCCAUCCCAGGGUGUGACGUCAUUGCUUUUGUGUUACCAGCAUUUGCAGAUGAGCUGUACUUGCAGGAAAUCAAACCCUAUUUGAAGCCUGACAUGAUUCUGGUAGGAUUCCCAGGACAAGCAGGGUUCGAGUUUCAAGUUAAAGCAAUCCUUGGAGACUUAGCCAAUCAAAUAAGUCUUAUCAAUUACGAGUCGUUACCAUGGGCAACACGUAUUACAGAGUUUGGCAAGUCAUGUGAUGUACUUGGGACAAAGAACGCCAUGAUGGGUGCUUUGAGGGUUGGAUCAGGCAAGCCCAAACACGACCCCCAUGAUGUAGUACAGAAGUUGAUAGGAGAAAAACCAACUCUUACCACCAAAGGUCACUUACUGGCCGCCAACCUCAUGUCUGCUAAUGCCAUCCUACAUACUAGUAUCCUUUAUGCCAAAUGGUCAACCUGGGAUGGAAAACCAGUCGCUGAACGGCCUUUGUUCUACCAAGGACUCAGUAAGGAAGCAGCAGCUCUUUUAAGCAGUAUGUCUGAUGAAGUACGAUUGAUUGCCGAUGCUAUUGCUGCACAGGGACCCCAAUACGACAUGUCUGAAGUGAUUCAUCUCCAUCCCUACUACUGCGAUCGUUACAAAUACGAUGUAGAUGACAAGACAUCACUCUACACAGCAAUCCGAACCAAUGCAGCYUUYAAAGGUCUUCUUCAUCCAAUGAAACAAACCGAAGACGGCAAAUGGUUACCUGAUUUUAUCAACUAUAGAUACUUCACUGAAGAUAUUCCCUGUGGUCUUGUCGUCAUGCGAGGAAUUGCCGAAUUAAUGGGCGUAUCAACUCCAAAUAUGGACAAGGUCUUGACUUGGGCACAARGGCUGAUGGGAAAGAAAUACCUGGUGGAUGGKAAGAUCAAAGGAGAAGACGUGAAAGAUACCCGCGCACCUCARAGAUAUGGUUUCACUACAUUAAAAGAUAUGGAAUGACUUWAGUUGCUUUUGAACAACAAAAAAUGUGAUGUAAGAUAACAUGAAGUGUAAACCGUUGAGCCAACUUUAUGUAUUAGAGUAGAAUAGAAUAAAGUAUAAGUUUUGAUAACCAACGAUGUAAUAGUGGUCGACAAAUAUCGGCAAUUGAAAUAAAACUGAACAAAUUGCAAGCUGAAAAA